AAGAGAAUGGGGUGUGGUCAUUGUAAUCAUAGGCUUUGUCUUGAUUCAUAUUUCUUCAUCCUUCUGUCUUCAAUUCAGAUAAUGUCAAACCUUGAAGAGUUAGGGUUUCCUGGCAGUGCUGCAUUGAGAGAUGCACUUACUAGUUGUGCUGACCCUCUACAAGCAAUAGAGACGUUUCAGGUCGAAAAUGGUAUCCUUUUGCCAUCUUUGCGACCAUCUCUCCCAUUUUUGGACCUCCAUGGAGUAAAACGAUUGGAAUUUCAUACCUCCAUUAUGGAAGAGCUCCGGGAGCGUCUGAUUCAACAAGUAACAACAUUAAGUCAGAAUGAGUCGAAAGGCAACCAAAAGAUUCUGAAUGAGCUUCUGGAGAAAAGUUUUCCUGUAAUAAAAUCAAAGACAAUGCGCCCCGUUGUCAUGGCAGUUAUGAAACACAUCCCAAAAAUCAAACAAGAAUAUUUGAAAAAGAUAAUGGAAGAUGAUGAACUGUAUAAAGAAAGUAGUACGGAAGUUAAACGCCAAAUAUGGCAAGACAAUCAAGCCUUAUUUGGUGAUGAAGUGUCUCCCUUGUUAUCAAAAUAUAUAGAAGACAAAGAACAUGCCAUAUAUGGACAUGAAAAUGAAAUGGCAGGACUUUUUACGCCAUCUCCAAAAAAUCGCCGCCAAAUGGAAGUAAUUCGAAAACUGGUGCAUAUGGUAGGGCGUAAUGUCAAACUUUACGAUAUGGUAUUACAGUUUCUCCGAACAUUGUACUUGCGUACAAGGAAUAUUCAUUAUUGCACAUUACGUGCUGAAAUUCUAAUGGCACUCCAUGAUGGAGAAGUUACAGAAAUAUGCAAUAUUGAUCCCUGUCGUAAAUUCACAUGGUGUCUUGAUGCUUGUAUCAGAGAACGAUUUGUUGACGAGAAGAGGGCUAAAGAACUUCAAGGUUUUUUAGAUGGGGUCAGGAAAGGACAAGAACAAGUUUUAGGUGACCUGUCGAUGAUCCUAUGUGAUCCAUUUGCGGUGAACACAAUCUGUCUAUCCACCAUAAAGUGUCUUCAGCACUGUGUCAAUGUUGACAUGCUCCCUCGGGAGAAUGGUGAGCUGAUCCUACUACUGAGAAUGUUGUCUCUGGGACUUGGUGCUUGGGAUAUGAUUGACAGUCAAGAUUUCAAGGAACCCAAACUGGACAGCUUACUGAUCCUGAAGUUCUUACCAGCCGUAGUAACAAUGAUGGUGGACGAUCAACUUAACACAGUUAUAACUAAAAUCUCAGAUAAUGCCAAAAUUGUCACCUCCUCUCCAGGAGAGUUCUUCUCAAUGUAUUUGCGCCAGAAUGCUGUGGCAAGUACAAUGUUGCUGCAUUAUGCUUUGCUUGUGUCAAGGCAGAAAGACAAGGCUGCAGUAGAGAAGGUCAUGCCCUACUUAGGUCAAUGUGAAAAUGAUCGUGGCUACGAAGAUACAUUUCUACACGCAUUUGUUGCUAAUCUUAUCUCCAUGUCUGAAGAGUUCCAAGAUGCAGAAUUCAUGAAUAUGGUCAUAGAUGAUUUCUUCAUGGCCUCUCUAUCAAAGGAAAAUGUCUUCAGGCACAUGCUGCGUCUUCUCUGGCAUAUUCACUUUAGGAUACCUCCAGCUAAGCUAGAUGCUACCCUCUCUGCACUGGAACCCACAAGUCAGCAUAGCGAAGCAGUACAUAAUGUAUACAGAUCAUUAAUGGAGAGAGUAGCUAGCUACCAGCCAAGUCCCGUAGCAGUCAUUGAGAAACUAGACUCCCCUUUACUCAGUGUUCCUGCGCCUACCCCUGGACCCAUGACACCCAUGUACAAUUAGACUCCAUUAUUCAGCAUUUUUGCCCCUGGAGGUCAGUUGAUAAUAUCAAGAGACUGUUCCAAAACAUCUAACAUGAAUCAGUACUGAUGGAAAUUGCAAGUAGUUGCAAGUGGUCAAGUUCAGUAGCAGAUUACAGGCCCGUAGCCAGAGGGGGAGCUGGGGGAGCGAGCUCCCCCCUGGAAAAAAGCUCCCCUCCUGGUAAAAGCUGGCUACAGGCAAGGAUUACUACUUUUGCAUUGUGGUUUCAUGCCCUGCUUAUGUACAGUUACAGUUAUACCAUACUGCUUAUGCUAUUGCAAUCAUCACUAAUGUGAUGUAUGUUUCUAUCUAAAUCAUGGCUUCAGG